UGACGUCAUGUGCUCGGAGGCGCGGCCGGAGCCCCAGCGGCCGAAAAUAGAGCUUGUGCGAGUGUCGAGCUCCGAGAGGGCCAAGAUCCCAGUCAACCCCGUGCAGCUCAACCUCGCCUACCGCCACAUCAGGUUGGGAGUAAAGUGUCUUGCCUGAGUAACGAGACGAGACAGACGAGACCAACCAAACCGUAGUUCUGCUUAUCGAGUGGACGAGCGCCACCUACGCCAGGCCAGGCACCACCAAGCCCCUCUCCCCCCCUGAUGUCGCCCCCUACCACCAUUACCACCACCACUACCACUAUUACCACCACCACCACCACUACCCCUCCAACACCACUACCACCACCACCACCACUACCACCACUACCACUACCACUACCACCAGACGACCGCGAUGGCUAUGGGCACCUUGGCGCUCUCACUCGUCCACAGAUGCUUUGUAAGCGUUGGUAAGCCGUGGAGUGGAGUGGCAGGGCCGGAGUGGCGGAGGUCGAGUGUCCCGAGGCUUGACUGUAGACUUGGACACCUGGACACGCUUCGAAGACACCUGCACGAGACAGUAUUGUGCUCAGGUCCCCUCGCCUGUACCAAGUCCUGCGACGACCUGCACCGUGUGAGCACCGCUGCCCAUUCGGCCGCCAGCAGGUCUGAGGGGUGCCUGCUGACGCUACUGCUCACCCCUCGUUCCUCCGCCUCCCCACACGGCGGCGCCAAGUACCGGCUGUGGCGAGGCUUCAGCCGCAGCUCCCGCGACGUGAGUGUGCUGCCAACGUCAGCUCCGCCCCGCCCUGCCGUCAGCCUCACCCUCAUGGACCGACUAACGCCACGCCCCGCCCGUCCCGUUCGCCACAAGGCCAGCACGCUGCCGUACUCCGCCGCCUCAGGCCCCCAGCCUGCGGCGCGGCGCCAGCGGGGCCUCGUGGCUCUGUUGCGGCGCCUCAGUCCAAGGAUCAAGCGCUCACCGUCGCCUGAUCGGCCGUGGGUGAAGGUGGAGCCGCGUGCACCUGACCGCACGUCUGUUGCCUCGGACCACAGCUUCGAGGCGGCGAUACAGACUCGCUAUCCUGACCUCCUGGCGCCCCCCGGCCACCCCCGCACCCACACGCCCCCUGAGGCACCAGGCAAGGGCGGGGAGGGCGGGCGCAGCGGUAAGAGUAGCCUGAGCAACCUUCUCACGUCGCUCAGGCCCACCAGGUCCCCGCGGCACGAGAAGCCUGCCGCCCACGAUGCGUCAGGCAAGUCGCGCCACGACCAGCGCCACGCCAGGCACGGCAGGCACGCGGCGCCGCCCCCCGACAAGAGUGCCGCCGAUAGGGCCGCGGUCCGCCGCCCUGCCCCUGCCGAGCCCUCCGUACCCGCCACCUUGGUGCCCACCCUGCAGUUCGCCCGCUCCGAGGUCGAUUCUCGUCCUCAGGGGGAUGUGAGCACCACCCUCUCCUCUAUCAGUAACAGCACCCGGCCCACAGUCACAGUCCAGCGACCUCACACACUUAACUUGCCCACCCGCGCCCACACCAGAGUGGGGUGGACGGCUGACCCAGGGCUGCCACCCCACCCACCACCCCCAUCGCCACUCCCGCUCUCAUCACUCCCACCUCAAAUGUCCCAGUCACUCCACACACAGACCACCUCCGUCGAUAGUAUAGGCUCCUGCUCUCUUGACGUCAAUGCCACAGGCACCACCUCACCUGCCACGAUGGAAGUUCUGGACGGUUCUGAGCACAGCCUACGCAGCGUUAGUCUUGAACACAAGCUUUCUGAGGUUGGGGACAGUGACAUAAUCACACCGACCAGACCAGUUUUACGCCCCCAGCCCUUCACCGACCCCGGCCCCCCGCCCCUCAAGGACUCCUUCAAGACCCCCUCCUACCUGGGCAUCUCCUGUGCUGUUAAUGGAUACAACAGACUUAAUAGGUAUGACUCCACCUUGAGGGAAGGGUUUCGCUCCCGUGACGCCAGCCCAGCCCGUCUGGCCUUCAGCAGGAGCAGGGACUCGAGUCCCAUGCGCCCGGAGUGGAAGGGAUUUGACUGCCGUGCUAAGAUCUCACCAGAAGCCACUGCUGCCAAGAUCAAGGAAUUAAAGGAGGAACUUGCCAAAUUCAAGGCAGAGUUCCCUCAUCCCCCAGGAGAGCGUGGUCGACAAAACAUCUCCAGAAGACUAGGCCGGCGUCCGUCACAGGGUCGCAGCAUCAGCGUGGACAGAGGCUACCUCACCAAGGCCAACUCUCCAGGCACCAUGAACGGCCACGAUACACCUGAUGCCAGCCAGGUGCGCGUGGUGGAGAUCACCAUGGCUGACGGCACACCCAUCAAGAAGUCCUCCAGCUACCAGUAUUCCUACGAGGAAAGAACCAUCAGGAGCAAUGGUUCAGAGUCCACCAGCACCCUCACCUGCACCACACACACCAACGGAGACAUGCCUGACAAGUCUUUCAUCCAGUCCAGGAUUGAGAGGCUGUAUGGGCCCAGUGCUCUAGGGAGUGGCUUCCGCAGCCGCAGGUCCCUCCUGGAGCUGGAGAAGGAGCAGAAGGACAGGGAAGCAGCUGGACACAGGAGCCCCCUGAUUGCCCCACACAGUGAUAGUCACUACGACCCUGAUGCCCGGGCCCCUGAAGGCUUUCCCAGUGUGUUCAGACAUCUCAGGCCAGAAUUCAGGACGCAGUUGCAAGUAAAGCGUAACACAGGCACACCCAAGUCUGGUCUCUCCCCCCAGCCCCUCUCCCCUGGCCAAGUGGAGUCACCCAAGAGGCCUGGCAGGGUCAUUCCUAUCACAUUGACUGACACGUUGGAGAGCAGCAAGCCCUCAAAGCCCCCCGUGACCCCCAAGCCUGAGCUUCCCAUCAGUAACGACGUACAACGAAGCAGCAUAACGAAAGGGAAGGCCAGCAAGCCAACAGUGGUGCAAAAAAUUGUGAAUGGGAAUGGAAACAUUGAGGAGGUACAAGUGCCAGUGAGCCAAGAACCAAGUGUGAAUGGUGAUAUUGAGCACGAAGCAAGUGAGGAAAAGGUGGAAGACCCCGCCACUCGGACUAGUAAAGUGAAUGGCUUCCCCCAGACAGUGAAAGUUAAUGGCAAUGUGUCUGGGGAGGUGGAAGUGAAGGAUGGUCAUUACUUUUUAAAGAUUGUAGAUGAAGUUGUUAUGAAUAUUGAACGUAAGGUUGCUCAAAUAGAAGUGGAUCUGGAGGCAAGAGGGAAUGAGAUGAAUGAGGAGGUGAGAGGCAAGGUGCUGGCAGCCGUGGGCAAGGCCCGCCUCUUGGUGUCUCAAAAGAUCCAACAAUUCCAGGGAUUGUGUCACAAAAAUAUUACUGUCAGUGCUGAGGAGGAGUUCCCCACCACCUGUGAGGACCUGGCAGGCUUCUGGGACAUGGUUUCCAUUCAGGUGGUAGACAUCAGGCAACUGUUGCAGGAGAUCGAGACCCUUCGCGCCAAUAACUGGCAGGAAAUGGCAGGAACAGACACCAUUGAUGGAACGGAGGUGGUAGUGAGCACCGGGAAGGCCAGGAGGAAGCCUGCUCCUCGACCCUCAAGGCCGGCCAGGUCCACCAAGGCUGGUGUGGAGAAGACAGAAGAGGGGAAAGCCAAGGAUGAGGCGAGGAGAAAGAUGAUGGAGGAGAGACGCAAGGCCAUGAAGGAGGCGAUGAAGGCCAAGAAAGCUGAGGCUGAUGCAAAGAAGGGCGAGGCUGGAGAGGAUGCUGUUGAAAUUUUUGUCCCUGAGGGGAAGUAGGUGUGCAGUGUGCUUGGUGAUUCAAUCCUCGUUAAGGGAAGUGCCGAUCACGUCUCAACUCAUUGCUGUCUCCAAAGUGAGUGCUAUGAACUCAGCUUUAAUUGCUGUGUGUGUGUGUGUGUGAGUGUGUGUGCGUGUGUUCAUGUGCGUGAGUGUGUGUAUCUGUGAGUCUGUGUAAGUGUCUAUGUUGGGCUGUGGGUGGAAACAGUUACUGAGCAGAUUGUGGGCCUCUGGCUCAAGGGAACUUGGUGCCACAACGGUGAUAGGGACUUGCAUUAGGCAUGAAAAUAGUUGAAAGGAAAGAUAUAUUGAAUGCUAUUUUAAUAAUAUUCUUUGGUAGGCUGUAGGUGUUAUCAAAGAUGAAACACUGCUCAAGUUAAGGUAGGGAAUGUAAGCAGCUGUGGAAACAUCAAAUCUUUGUACAGGAUAAAUGGAUACAUACAUAUAUAGCUAUAUAUACAUGUAAUCAUCUAUUUAGUGAGCUAUAAUUUUGGGGUUAGAUAUAAAAGCUCAUUCAUCUUCAUAGCAUUCUUUAACAACUAGCCGUUGAGUCUGUUGGCCUCAGUAACUACUGUGUUGUCAUUCGUAAUCGAUGCCUUAUGCCGUGUGUGGCAUGACUGGAAAAUAGUUUGUUCCUUGUUGCAUUGCUCACACAAGUCACAUAUAUAUAUAGGAAAAAAAAAACACUUAAUAAUUGCUUAACCAAAAAAUAUCCUAAACAGUUCUUGCUUGAUUAAAAAUAUUUAUUGUUUUCUUUUUUGUCUUGGAAUUAACAAUCAAGCAACUGAAGGCUUCCUCAUCAUGUUGUUCCCUGUGCUUUUCAAACACUCCUUUGGUGGCCAGUUUCUGAAUCUGCUCCUUUGGUACCUUGACGAACAUACUUUUUUGUCCUAUUAUAUUUCACAUAUAUAAAAUGUUUUACUUCACCUCUGUAUUCUUACUGGAAAGCAUUUAUGAGAUGUACAAAGUCUGCAAUCCAAAGGAAUACAUUUCAUACAACAUAACUGCAUUUCCAUACUGUUGUUUUGUUGUUAGUUUCUCAUUACAUCAGGUCAUAGCGUAAGGAACACUGCACACUCCUGUCAGCACCAACUUCAUCCAAUCUUUCAUAAUGUUUCACAGCAUUUGAUACAUUUUAAUGGUUUGCACAAUAUUCCUAGGGGUCAGUCUACAUCAUGAGGGUUUCUUCAUGAUUUGAGACAAGGUAUUAAUGCAGAAGUCAUCAAACAUAAUUUCAUAGAUUUAUUGGGUAUAUUUUAAUACCACUUUUCAUCAAAUGCAAGUUAAAUAAUUUUCCUUAGGCCAGAUGUAUCUUAAUUACUACAUUAUUUGCUCAGGUCAAAGUAUCUUCCUAACUGCUUAGACAAUGUGUUAAAACAAGUGUUAUAAAUGCUUGAAGUUGUUGAGAUUAUCAGCAGAAAACAUGUAGCUGCAAUAUUGUUGAUCAUAUUUUUGGGUACAUACUGGUAAGACCCAUUCAUGGUGCUCUGGCCUGUGGAAAACAUUUUGCUUGAUGUUAUAGAAGCAGCUUUGAAAACUACAUUAUCAAUGAUUCUCUAUGAAGCGAUGUAUAUACCUGAUACAGGUGUGUGAGGAAAGAGAGAGAGAGUGAGAAUGAGAAUGAGAGCGAGAGCAAGAGCAAGAGCGAGAGAGGCUGUCCCAAGAUAAUUGGAUCCUCGUUUCAAUUUUAAUAUAUUCAUCAACUAUUUAUUAUGGGAUAGUUUUCCCGGAGCACCUUGGUUUAGACAUGUUGGACAACGACAAUCAAGGUUACAUUGUUGGAAAAUUAUCUUAGUUUGAGUACUAUUUUAAUCUUCCCGUGUUCUGUGUAUAUGAAUUGAAUUGUUUUUAUAAGAUGAUAAUCUGUUUUGGUAAGAUCUUUUAUGCCAUCAGAAAUGUGCCUUGCCUUUUCCUGUUUAAGUGAUGAAUUAAAUAUCCCAUUUUAUAUGCUUAAUUGGACCUAUGAAUUUUAUAUGUGUAAAUGUUUUUAGCAGUCUUGGGUUAUGGCAGCUGUUCAUGUUUAUGUAAGCUUUUAUACAUCAAAUGUUAACAUUUCAUUAACAUGGAGAACGAAUAUAAAUUGUAUAUAGUUGGGCAAUUGAAUUCUAAGAAUUUA